AUGGCCAAGAACCUUUGGAAUAAAUAUCGGGUACUUUUAAGGUUGGUUAGCGAGCAUGAUGUUUCAAGUAGAACAAUGUUUUAUCGUAGCAAUGCAGAAAAAUUUCACCUUCCAAACUUUACCACCGAUCUACCGUACUCAAGUUCCGGAACCACUGAACCGGAACAGCCAAAUGACACCACAGGAUAUGCUGGGAUUUUAUUUGUUCCCAAGCACUCGACAACGAAUGUUAGAGAGAUAAUUAGCGCGUUGGAAUUUUGCCAAUGCGAUGGAUGCCGGGGUUCUGGAUUUCUACUGUUGGGACAAGCAGAAGCACUUUUUAAAGUUGCUAUUUUUAAAGUUGAAAAUAGAUAUCUGCAAAAUAUGGGACCUGAUUUCGUUUUGGUAAAGCUGUAUAAAAUUGGAAAACAUAGUUUUGGUUGUCGAGGUUUACCGCGCUCUGACAGAUCCAUAGAAUGGUUUGUGAGUCUUGUGAGCACUGCUAAACUUGGUAAGUUAGCUACAAUCGACCCGUACAGGACAAAGGCAAGAAAUGAAGGAGCUGGACCAAUAAAGAGUGGAGGGGACGAAAAUAAGCUGUUGACAACGAAGAAAGAUAGGUUUCAGCCUUACAGUCAAGAAUUUCGGAAAUGUCGGAUAUGUAAAACAGUGGUUCAUCAAGUUGGUUCGCAUUACUGUCAACAGUGUGCUUAUCAGAAAGCUAUAUGCGCUAUGUGUGGAAAGAAGUUGGCGAAUACGAAGAAGUAUAAAAUGUCUUCAGUUUAA